CUCCAAGUGACACAAAAGCAUGAGUUAAAAGACAGUUCCAUCCACCGUCUUCUAGAAACUUACAUUUAUGUCUCCAUUGUUAAGUGCGGUAACUAGCGGGUGACAGGUUUCUUCCAUAUUUCUGAAGCCCAUACCCCACAGCUUUUUGCCACAAAGCAUCCCUGUGCCAUGACACAUUCAGUGACUGGGCAUAGAUGAAAAGAUGUGUCACUGAGUAAGAUGUGGGGACAGCAGGCACACACUGCAGCUUUAUCUGACUAGUUGAGAAAGAACACCUGAAACACAAAGCCCUUGAGCCUGCCUAACCUGCCCGUGUCCUUUCAGCUGUAGCGCAUGCGUGGCUAACCUGAGCACCCAGCUUUAUUUCGUAGUUGAAGUUUGUAUUCUUUGGACAGUCGUAAAAACAUAAGCACUGGUUGAAUGUCAACACUCUUGUAGGGAAGUAUCCAUGGCUGAGUGUAAAAGGCAGCUGUUCUCAUGAAGUGAAAAAUACUCACGUGGCGAGCACCCAGGAAAAGUAGAAAUGAAGGUGCAUAUACACACAAAAUUUUGCCUCAUCUGUUUGCUGACUUUUAUUUUCCAUCAUUGCAACCACUGCCAUGAAGACCAUGACCAUGGCCCUGAGGAGCUUCACAGACAUCAUCGUGGGAUGACAGAGUCAGAGUCAAGCAAAUUUUCAGUGCAGGAUGCUGAAAAUGAAAAAAAGUACUAUAUUGAAAAACUUUUUGACCGUUACGGUGAAAAUGGAAGAUUAUCGUUUUUUGGCCUGGAGAAACUUUUAACAAACUUGGGCCUUGGAGAGAUCAAAGUCGUUGAGAUUAAUCAUGAGGACCUUGGCCAUGAUCAUGUUUCUCACUUAGACAUUCUGGCAGUUCAAGAGGGAAAGCAUUUCCAUUCGCACAACCACCACUUUCACAAUCAUUUAAAUGCAGAAAACCAUACUACAACCAGUGUAACAUCCAAAAGAAACCACAAAUGUGAUCCAGAGAAAGAGGCAGCUGAAGUGCCCAUCAAAUCCGAUGAUAAACACCUGCAUGACCGCAAUCACCGCUUCCAUCAUCGCCAUCGUUUGCAUCAUCACCUGGAUCGUAACACAACUCGUCGGAUUCAUAAUGACUCCAUUGCUCACAGUGAGCAUGGGGAGCCUGGUCACAGCCCUUCAACAGAGACUAACAAAACACAAGAACAAUCUGAAGUGAAGUCAGUGAAGGUCAGGAGGAAGGAAAAAGGGAAGAGGAAAAAAGAAAACUCUGAGGUUAAUACACCAGGUUUCCUCCCCAACCAUGAUCACAGUGAACAAUAUGAGCAUAACCGGGUUCACAAACUUGACCGUGUGCAUAGCCCGGGCCAUCCUCAUGCACAUCUUCCCGAGCACAGUGGUCAUGAGCUUGGCCAUGGACACCAAGAACUUGAUCCUGAUAAUGAAGGUGAACUUCGACAUACUAGAAAGCGAGAAGCACCACAUGUUAAAAAAAGUGCAAUUUAUUCUACCCCUAGCCACAAAGACCACAGUGAAGAUGACCGCCAGCAUGAAUGUUUGAACGUCACACAGUUGUUAAAACACUUUGGCCUUGGUCCCAACUCUCCCAUCUCACCUGAUCUGUUCACGUACCUGUGCCCUGCAUUGCUGUAUCAGAUCGACAGCAGACUUUGUAUUGAACAUUUUGACAAACUUUUAGUUGAAGAUUUAAAUAAGGAUAAAGCUCUGGUUCCUGAAGAUAAGACAAAUAUCGGGGCAUCAGCGUGGAUCUGUGGCAUCAUUUCUAUCACCGUCAUUAGUCUGCUUUCCUUGCUGGGUGUGAUUCUGGUUCCCAUCAUCAACCAAGGAUGCUUCAAAUUCCUUCUCACGUUCCUUGUGGCGCUAGCUGUAGGAACAAUGAGUGGAGACGCCCUUCUUCAUCUACUGCCCCAUUCUCAGGGUGGACAUGACCACAGUCAUCAGCAUGCACAUGGACAUGGUCAUUCACAUGGACAUGAAUCUAAGAAGUUUUUAGAAGAAUAUGAUGCUGUGUUGAAAGGACUUGUUGCGCUAGGAGGCAUUUACUUACUGUUCAUCAUAGAACACUGCAUUCGAAUGUUUAAACACUACAAGCAGCAAAGAGGAAAGCAGAAAUGGUUUAUGAAGCAGAGCACAGAAGAAUCAACAAUUGGAAGAAAGCUUUCAGAUCAUAAGUUAAACAGCACACCGGAUGCUGACUGGCUCCAACUCAAGCCCCUUGCUGGAACAGAUGACUCGGUAGUUUCUGAAGACCGACUUAACGAGACUGAACUGACGGAUUUAGAAGCCCAACAAGAAUCCCCUCCUAAAAAUUACCUGGGUAUAGAGGAGGAGAAAAUCAUGGACCAUUCUCACAGUGAUGGCCUGCACACCAUUCAUGAGCACGAGGUCCAUGUGACCACACAUAACCACCAUGAGGAGGACAAAGCUGUGCUGAGGAAACACAACCACCAGUGGCACCACAGGCACGCCCAUCAUUCCCACGGGCCCUGCCACUCGGGCGCAGACCUGAAGGAAACAGGGAUCGCCAACAUAGCCUGGAUGGUGAUCAUGGGAGACGGCAUCCACAACUUCAGCGACGGCCUCGCCAUUGGGGCAGCUUUCAGUGCCGGACUGACUGGAGGCAUCAGCACUUCCAUAGCCGUCUUCUGUCAUGAACUGCCACAUGAAUUAGGUGAUUUUGCAGUUCUUCUAAAAGCAGGCAUGACCGUAAAGCAAGCAAUUGUGUACAAUCUGCUCUCUGCCAUGAUGGCUUACAUAGGAAUGCUCAUAGGCACAGCUGUUGGUCAGUAUGCCAACAACAUCACCCUCUGGAUCUUCGCAAUCACGGCAGGCAUGUUCCUCUAUGUGGCCUUGGUGGAUAUGCUUCCAGAAAUGCUGCAUGGAGAUGGUGACCAUGAGGAGCAUGGCUUCUGUCCAGUUGGGCAGUUCAUUCUUCAGAAUUUAGGACUGCUGUUUGGAUUCGCCAUCAUGCUGGUUAUCGCCCUCUAUGAAGACAAAAUUGUGUUUGACAUCCAGUUCUGACCAUUCCCGGUUUCUUUGUUGAUUGCGAGAAUGUUCGUGCAGCUUGCCUCUGUUCCUUGUACUGUAUGCACAUCGCUCAGAGAAUCCAGUGGCCUGCACUAUUCACAGGUUCUGUAGAUUUGAGCCUAACCACGAAAGACUGGUGCUCAGUACUGUUUUCUCUGCAUGGAUGGGUCUUUUAAAAGCUUGUGAUAAAGUCAGAACAUGGGACUCCAUGUACCAAUAUUGAUAGAAGUUUAAGAGAAUCAUAUAAAACACUAGUCUUUUUAUUAGUAGAAACUUCUGUGGCUAUGCAGAAAUAGAAAUUAAACCAAAAAAAUCAUUUAAACUUUAAAAAUAUUUUAAAUGGACUUUGAGCAGACAUUUUUGCGUGUGUGCUAUGAAUGAAUUUUAGUGCCCUCUAUUCAGCUACAUAUAUACAUAUGGAAUUACUAGGGAUCAACUUGACACAACUUUGAAACUGUAUAAAGUUGACUUUAGGAACUAGAGGGAAGCCCAGGCUGCACUAGAGUAUGGAUUUAGCAUUGGGGAAAGAAAGCCCUUAUUCUUGAAUCUAGAGUUACUAUUUUUGUAUAUAUUUGCAUAGUGUUCAAACUUGCAGCCUAAACUACUGAAAUUUGUGAUUGUAUGUUUGUGUGAACUUCAGUUUAAUGAAAGACUCAUAAUGGUUCUUUGCAUACUAUACUUGGUGUUGGGUUUUCUUUUUAACUUUGUUUUUAUGGGGGGUGGGAUGAGUCAGAGCAUGUAGUCAGAUACCUGUUUCUUAACAUUACUACUCUAGAAAAAUAUCAAAGAAGUGGUAUUCCAUUUCCCUAGUACUAACUAGGUUAAUUGGAAAUUUUAAGUUCUGGGUGUUCAUGUUACUUUACCAGUUUGGCAUUGGAACUCCGAGCACAUGCUGUGGCUGGUAGUAAAAUCCAAGUUUGCCAUGCCUAUAGUCUGUAUAUAAAAUGUCGGCUAAAUGGUUACUGCACUGGUACCAUAGCUACUUUGGUACCAAGUAUAUGACUAAGCCAAAAUCACUUUAUCAUUUUGUGCCAAGAUACACUGCUGGUGCCUGAUAUGGAAUGGUCUGUGUUUGGGUGCCUGCUCUUACACCACUGGUGCAGUGAUGUGUGAGAAGUCUAAGUCAUGUUUUGUCGAAUCGUGACUCAUAACUUGUAGACUAGUCAUGUGCAUAUAGUUGUUUACAUCCCAUGCCACUCACCCUUCACUUUAUGCAGGCCAAUGUCUGAACCGCGUGCAGCUAGCUCUAUCUUUUUUUAACUGCUUGGCAGCCAGGAUACUCCUUGGGAAAAAACACCUAAGAGCCAAACCCUGUCCAUUCCAUUUAAAAUAUUUUUGCUCAGUCCCUUUUCCCGUUCUUUUCAUCUUACUCUGAUUUUUCU